AUGGCACGAGAACCGUUUUCCUUAGCUAGUGUUUUGCAUGAACAGGUAGCAGAAAUAAUUCCUGGAAAACUAUAUUUUUGCAUACUUCAAAAUCGACCGAUUUCGGAUUCAAGUAUUGAUUACUACUUUGUUGACGACGAGGUGCAUUAUGAUAAUUUUUACUCAGAUUUCGGCCCUUUGAAUCUGUCGGAUACUCAUGAAACGAGAUGCAUAGUAGUAUGUUGUGGAUCUGCCAAUGAAUGUAUAGUAAAUGCAGCUUACUUGGUAGGAUCUUAUGGGAUUCUGUAUUUGGGAAUGACAGCUGAAAUAGCAUAUUUAAAAGUGCACAAAGCGGAACCAAAUGGUUUUAUUGGAUUCAGAGAUGCAGCGAUGGGCCCAGCUACUUACAGACUACAUCUUCACAAUGUCUUACGGAGCGUCGAAAAAGCGGUGAAGUUCAACUGGAUUACAUUUGACGAUUUUGAUCCUGAUGAAUACGAAUAUUAUGAAAAAGUCGAAAAUGGUGAUCUAAAUUGGAUCAUACCUGCUAAAAUCUUGAGCUUUUGUGGGCCUCACAAUCAAUCGGUUGUUGAAAAUGGUUAUCCAUAUCACGCACCUGAAGUCUAUUUCGAUUAUUUUCGUUCUCAUAAUAUUUCUACGAUAAUUCGACUUAACAAAAGAAUGUAUGAAGCUAAAAGGUUUUUGGACGCAGGUUUCGAACAUAUCGAUCUUUUUUUUGUGGAUGGAUCUGUGCCAUCUGAUGAGAUCGUGAAGCGUUUUAUAAAUGUAGUUGAUAACGCGAAGGGAGGUGUUGCUGUUCAUUGCAAGGCUGGACUAGGUCGAACUGGGACGCUUAUUGCUUGUUGGCUGAUGAAAGAGUAUGGUGUUACAGCAGCUGAAUCAAUGGCGUGGUUACGGAUUUGUAGACCUGGUUCUGUGAUUGGACCACAGCAAGAAUUCCUUAUUGCAAAGCAACCGUGGUGCUGGGCAUUGAGUUCUAAAUCUACUACAAGUCAUGUGUUGCAUUUGACUGACAAGGUGAAUGAAAUUCGCAUUGAAGAUACGAGUAAUAAAGUAAUGGUAGUACCAAAACUGCGACCUUCUUCAUUAAAUGAAAUCAAUGAGAGGGAAGAUGCUGAAAAAGAGAGUAAUGAGGAGCGGAUGACGCCUAGUCAGGGUGAUCAUCUUUUGGCACAAAAAGCUAAGGCUCAGUGGACCAUGAUAUCACAUGCAAAAUUUACCUCACCAACCACACCUGUGAAGCCACUUUCGACCAUGAGUACUGCAAGACGCCUCUUACACUGCAUUGGUGACAUCAGCACGCCUCCGCCGAUUUCUCGAAUAACCGUCUCAGCAACUACCUCUACAGCGAACGAUAAGCCAUUGACGAAAUCUAAGUCUACAAGAAAGCUUGCUUUGAUGCGAAGUAAGCCUUAUCAGUGUCCUGGAGUAAAAGUUCACUUGCCAGCGUCAGUUUAUGAACUGAGACCUCGGAAUAAUGGCAAAACGUACGGUGUACUUCACUUUGAUGAUCCUGCUCAAGAACUUGCCCCAAAUGCAGUUGCCCUUAUUGGUAUCACAGCACGUCGGAAUCUGAAUGGAAUUAUGAAAUAA